CUCAUGUGGCUCAGCCAAUCAGAGCCACGUCUCCAUCGUCAACAGGAAGCGGUUGAAGCGUCCUUGGAGAUGGAGAAGUCGUUGUUAGCUGUAACUUUCGUGUCUUUCUCCUCUUCUGCGUUCACAAUGUCUGCGUUAAACUACUGACAACUAGUCGGUAUCGCCACAGAGGCUAAUGAGAGAACGAUUAAAAGUCUGUAAGUAACCAUGACUGCAGCUGCUCUCAUAGGAGACCAGCUGAUCCUUGAGGAGGACUAUGAUGAGAGCUAUACACCCUCUGAACAAGAGAUCCAAGAGUACGCAAGAGAGAUUGGCAUUGAUCCCGACGGUGAGCCGGAGCUCCUGUGGCUGGCCAGGGAAGGCAUCGUUGCCCCUCUGCCUCCCGAGUGGAAACCUUGGUGCCGAAGUGACUCCCCUCCUCUCCCCCCUCCUCCCCCACAGCCAGGAUGUGACGGGGGACAUCUACUAUUUCAACUUCUCCUCGGGCCAGUCCACCUGGGAUCACCCCUGCGACGAGCACUACCGCGGCCUGGUGGCCCAGGAGCGUGAGCGCGUCCAGCUCACGGCCGCCGUCGCAGGAGGCACGGGGGCGAAGAAGGACAAGGACAAGAAGAAGAAGAAAGAAAAGAAGGAGAAGAAAGAGAAAAAGAAGAAGGAGCCGCUCAAGACUCCUGGAGCACUGAGUUCAUCCCUGGGACCGCUACCAUCCCCGCUGGGCAGCCUGGCCCCUCUGAGAGGUCUGGAUGUCCCCGGUCCACUGCCUGGUUCUGCCCCUCCUCUCCGGCGGUCCCUCGGCAGCUCCGGAGGACUGGAGCCCCUAAAGAAAUCCCUUGGGGCCCCUCGGAGCAGUGGAACAUCGAGUGUUCUGGGCAGCAGGCAGGAGGAGAGGGUGUCUCUCGCUCUGCCUGGCUUUGAUGAUGAUGACGAUGAUGAUAAAAUCUCAGAUAAUGAGUCAAGUCCUCGUGGUUCAGACCGGUUAUUGAAGAACCUUCAUCUCGACCUGGAUGCCCUUGGAGGAGGCCUACAGUAUGAGGACAGUGAAGCCAGUGGUGGAGCUCCAGCUGAGGAGAGAACAGAGCCAGAGUUGCAGGACUUGGCUCUAUCUGGAGACCACAGCCCUGAACCUCCAUCCCAACAGGACUCUGUGAGGGGCCGCCACCUCCGCCUGACCUCACUUGCGGGCUGCAGAAACCAUGUCAGUAAGGAGGGGGCACGUCCUGAACAAGAGUUAAAUGAGGUGGUGGAGGAGGAGCAGGAGGAGGAUGUUCAGAGAGAGAAGGGAGAGGAUGAAGGAGGAGGGGAAGCAGAGGAGGGAGGGACGGAGGAGAAAGGAGAGGUAGGAAAUGAGCUGGAAGAUGGAGAGGCACAGGACGGGGAAGCAGAUGAGAGAAAAAGCAAAGAAGAGAUGGAGGAGGAGCAGGGAGGAAGUAAAAAGUCUAUAGGAAGCAAUAAAGAAGAGGAGGAAGUAGAGAGUGAUGAGGUAGAAGAGGAAUGCUGCAAAGGCGGUGAUGAAGACAUAGAUGAGGAAAAUUGCGUUAAGACCAAAGACAAAGAAGAGAAUGUAGAGAGUGACGAGGCAGUGGAGAGUUUAACGGAGGAGAAGGAAGAGAUGCAAGUGGAAGAAGAAAAACAGAAAUUUGAGGAAGGUAGCGAGGAAGUUGUGGAGAAAUGCUUCAAAAGUGAUCGAGGUGGAGGGAGUGAGAAAGAUGACAAAGAGAGGGAUGAGCUUGAGGGAAGCGUAGAUGACGAAGAAGGGCGGGAUGAGAGCGAGGAAGAGGAGGAGGAGGUAAAUAGCGAAAGAGAGCAAGAGAAGGAGGAGGAGGAGGAGGAGGAGGGGGAGGAGGAGGAGGAGGAGGAGAACGAUGAGGCCUUGGAGAGAUGCUCCCUGAGUCAGAGGAAGCUGUCAGAGAGUGACGAGGAGGUGUUAGAGAGACUGGAAGGAGACAACGAAUCAGAUGCCUCAAAGCCCCAAACUGCAUCGGAGGAUGAGGAGGAAGUCGUGGAGGUCUUUGAGACUGAAACGUCUUGGGACCAACCAGCAAAGCAAAGCAAGGAGACGAUGCCGAGUGACCUUAAAACGCUUGACCAAAAGAGAAAAACUGGCAAGAUGGAGAAUGUGACAAAAAAAUCCCCCCUUCCUGCAGAGGAGUCUGAGGCCAGUGAGAACAUUGAGGAGGCUUCAUCCUCCAUAGAUGUCAAGCUGUCGGAGAAGGUUCUGGACAUCGACGACCUGUCUGCCGCCGUCAGUCCACUGGAGAGAGACGGCAAAGAGGAAACAAAAGAGGAAGAGGAGAAUGGAGGGGAAGCGAAGACAAAGAAGGCAGAGACUGCCAAGAGGCAUUUGCAGGCUGCUGGCAAAGACAAACCUCCAGCUCCGAAAGUUGACCGACUCGUCCUCCAUCAGUCCAGCCCUUCGCCCUCCCUCUCCAGCCCGUCCCACUCAGAGCAAGGUGUCGGGCUCCGUCUAAAAACUGAAAACCUCGGCACGUCUCCGGGGCUACAAAGGCCUGAGACCUCCAGAGGUCGGCUGGUCCGCACCUCCAACACUCAACACGAAGACGCUGAACUCCCCUUACAAAACCAUGAGAGCCCACGGGAAGAAGAGCCAAGCUGGAGAAUCCAGAAAGGGAGGAAGAAAGAGGAGGAGGAGGAGGAGGAGAGGAAGAGGGCAGAACGAGAGGAGAGGAGUCUGAGAGAGAGGAAGGAGGUGAGGGAGAAAAGGAAGACUGAUCGAGAUGUGGAGGACGAGAGGGAGGAUAUGAUGAAGGAGAAGGAGAAGAGAAUGCGUCUCCUCCAGGAGGAGCUGAGGAGAGAGGAGGAGGAGGAGGAGAGGAAGCUGAAGGAGAAGAGCGAGGAAAGACUGAGGGCUCUGCAGCAGCGUCUCCUGUCCAAGAGGAGAGAGGAGGAGGCCAGGCUGAAUGAGGAGUCAGAUAGGACGCUGGAGGAGCUCAGAGAGUCUGCCCACGGGAAGAGGGAGAGGCAGCAACACCAACUCAGGGAGGAGAGCGAGGUCAUGUUGAAGGAGUUACGCAUCACUCUAGAGGAAGAGCGAGCAGCGGAGUGCGACAGACUGGAGGCCCAGAAGAGGAAGGACACCGAGCGUCUGAGGGCGGAGUCGGAAGAGGAGCUGCAGGCGGAGAGGAGGAGAAUCCAGGGAGAGAGGGAGGAGAAGCUGAACUCUCUGAAACACGAGGUCAAAAUCCCAGAGAGGAGGAGGGAGCUCAUGAGUCCACGUCCUGAACAGCAGCUGUCAGAGUACCACCGAGAGCUGGCUGAUGUUCUUCAGGAAGUGCGGGAUGAAGUGCAGCGUGAUCACGAGAGGAAGCUGGAGCAGCUGAGAGAGGACCACAGGAGAGAGAUAAACAGCAUCAGAGAGAAAUACCUGGACGAGGAGACUGGUCAGAGGGCGCGCCUGCUUUCUAGUCUGCAGGACGACAGAGAGCAUCUUCAGGCCUCGCACGCCAUCGAACUGGAGAAACUCCGCCUGCAGCUCAACACUCAGAUACAAAAGACACAGCUGACGCACUCACGCAAGGAGUCAGAACUGGAGGAUCUGGCAGAUCAGAUGGAGCUGAGAGUCAAAGAGCUGAAGAGCCAGGAGGCCAUGCUGCAGACCAAGGCAGCAGAUCUGAAGAGGAGGAGGAAGAAGCUUGGGGAGGAAGAGGAGGAAGUGGACAGACAGAUAGAGGCCAUACCCCGGCUGAUCCAGGAGAGAGACCAGCUGACGGAGGAGCUGGAGAGGAUGAGAGAGGAGAAACAUCAAGCCAGAGAACUCCUCCAGAGAGCGAGGGAAGAGAGGAGUGAGGCCAAGGAGGGGGAGGAGAGGCUGAGAGUGGAGAGACACAGAGACAGGGAAGAGAGUAGGAGGACCAAGGAGGACAAGGAGCGACUGGAGAGCAAGGUGGCGCUGCUGCAGGACAGAUGCGAUCGUCUAACUCGAACAGUCAGUGAGCUGGAGCAAAGCGAAGGAGUGAGCGCCUCCCCCAGACCAGAACCGAAACAGGACAAAAAGAAGGCAGAGAAAGCAGAGGCGACGGCGCCCCCCGGUGACAUUAGAGACUCAUCGCUACAUGUAGAAGACCUGGACGAGCCGCCACUCUCCCCUGUACCUGACAGCCACAGCAGCAUGGACGAGUUCCGACGCUACAUCUCCUCGCAUGGCGCAUCCAUCCAAAAAACCAAACAAUUCCUGGAGAGGGAGAGCGGCCGGCUGAUGGAGAGGCAGGCAGCUCUGCGGGCGGCCCAGACCAGCUCCUCCCAGGACCCCAACCAGGGUGGAGGGGUGACUGAGGAGAUGAUGAGAAACCUCCAGCAGGAGGCCAGAAACGUGGUGGAGCUGCAGCGGACGGUUCAGAGAGGAAACACUCUCCUGCGGAGGAAAGAGGAGCAACUCCAGCAGCUAGAGAGCUCCAUAGCUGAAGAGCCGCUGUUUGAGGAUCUGUCUCGGCUGGCAGGAGAGAGGAAGGUGACCUUUGAUGUGACUGAAUCUGACCUCAGCAGCACUGUGGACCCACCAGAUGGGACAGGAGGUAAUCUCACUGUCCCGGACAAAGUCCAGGAGUUAGCAGAGUCCCUGCAGCAUAUCUCAGGGCAGCUCAACACCGUCCUGAGUGCGUUGGGUUCACUGGCCCAGAGGCAGAGCCCCACACCCUACACAGCCUUCCCUCUGCCUCUGUCUCAACCACACUCCACCCCAACCGCCACCUUCACCUCUGCUCCGCAUCCCCCAAUGAGGCUCUCAGAGCCGUCCUGGCACUGGGUGCCCCAAAGCACCUCCGCAGCCGCCCCUCUCUUCAGUACCCCCAUCAGCAGCGGGCUGAGGGCUUCCGACGAUCUCAUCAACAGCCGAUGGAGCCAGAUAUUCCCAAGAGCAGCUAUGGACCCGAUCGCCUCCAGCCCCAUGGGGACGACCUCCGCAUACCCAUCAUACACUCCUGCUAGUGAACAUGGUCGUAGCCUGCGGUACAUGCAGAAGUCAGUGGAGGUCGACGGCCAGAGGCUGCAAGGGCUGAUUGACGGCAACAAGAGGUGGCUGGAAAUGCGCAAGAAAGACACCAGCAUACCUCUGUUCACUCGCUAUCAAGCUCCUCCAACCAAGAGCAGCCUGGUCCAGCUGGGCCUGGACGAUAACAACCAGAUCAGAGUCUAUCAUUACUGAGGACAUGGCACACAGUUCAGUCCUGUCUGAACUGUGACUGUCACUGAGGACUUUGGAGCAUUAAUGACUGUGACACGUCAGCGUUGUGACGUUUACAUGUGAGCGUCCCCGUGCCCUCUUGGAUGCAUUCCUUUUAAAAAAAAAACUUUCAGUGCAAAGGUUUUCAGGGAAAGUCCGACCUCCUCUGCUGUGAUUGGAGGAAGAGAUGGCAAUUCAGGGAGCAACACGUCUGUUUGAGGGCUGAGGGCUUUUAUCCUCCAACAUUAGAUAUGGCUGUGAGACUUGUUUAAAGCACUUAAAGUUUAUAGAUUAGAGCUCCGUGCCAGACUUGGGCCAAACUGUUUUAAAAAUGGUUUACUUUGAUGUCAGAAGGGAAAGUCAAGACAAUCACAGAGAAGUAUUUACUGUACUUAUUAUACUUCUUUUACUGAAAACGUCCCAGACAUCUUCCAACUUAUCAUGUUGUGAACCCAUUUGCUGCUGCAGGCAGGACGUAACACUACAAAGUAGUGCUUUACAGCUGCACAGAGGUCACGUUUCAUUUCAUGACAGGUUACAUGUGUUAUUAUGUAUUUCUAUUUUGUACUUUAACCACUACAUUUUGUAUUUAUGACACUAGUUUUGUGACUUGUGACUAGUGUGUGAAAUGUAAGUUUUUAACUUAUUUCUUCAGAUUUGUUUGUUUUAGUCAGAAAUCAGUUAGAAUCCGUUUUUCAUAAAGAUGAAGCCAAUCCACUUUUAUUUUACAUAAAUUACUUUUCCAUAUGCCUCAGAUGUUGGCAGAGCAGUAGUGGUGAGCUGUUGAUUAGUUUUAAACGUUAACAUAUGUGUGCAAGCAGGGAGAGAAAACAUGUCUUUUGUGCAUAGAUAUCUGUGUAAAUAAAUACUGUAUUUUUCUAUAAAAUAUUUUAAUAAAUAUAAUUUUAUAUAUAUAU